UAUCAUACCAGGGCGUGAGGCUGACGGAUGCGGGGUCUGGCGCUGUGGCGAGCGGGUUCUGCACAGGCGAGCCAGAUGCGUCGGUACCUGUCGGUUGCUGCUAAAGCGAAAGCCGUCAGUCGUGUGAGAGGCACAAGGGACUUGUUGGUCGACGACACGCAGCAACACCGUGAAGUGUUGGAUGUGCUGAAGUGCACUGUCGACCGCUAUGGGUUUCGGGCAAUCCAGACGCCGCUGUUGGAGUACACUGACCUGUUUUCGCGUUCGUUGGGUGACGGAUCCGAUAUCGUAAUGAAGGAGAUGUAUACGUUUAAGGACAACUCGGGCAAAAGCGUGACGCUGAGACCGGAAGGCACUGCUGGUAUCAUGCGGGCGCUUGUGAGCAAUAACUUAAUGUUCUCACUGCCCCACAAAGUCUCGUAUUCCGGUAGCAUGUUCCGAUACGAGCGUCCUCAACGCGGAAGAUACAGGGAGUUUCAACAGUUUGGCGUGGAAUUCGUUGGUUCCACGGGGCCAUCCGUUGACACAGAGGUUAUUGCUAUGGCUGCUGAUGCUUUGGAUGCUCUGGGGAUCAAACACAAAGUUGUCCUAGAGUUGAACUCCUUAGGCGACGGUGAGAGGUAG